AUGGCAUCUCAUCUUCACGUCACGUACGGCACCGGCGACGUCCCCAUUCCUACUCCUCGAGUUAUCAACCCUUCGGCCAACACCAUCCGUCGUGCGAAAACCCUCACUCGCCCAGAGCGCAGUGUAGCCCCAGUACCUCUCAUCAACCCCACGUCCGCCCACUUACCCGCGGGUGCAGCCGUUCGUAAUGAAGAUCAAAACCUCGACGCAUGGCGCAUCUUCUCUCGCGUCAUUACCUUUUGGGCGCCUGCUGCGUUACUGCAGUCCAUCGGGGGGCUUAAGGACAAGCACACGGUACAAGCAUGGAGGGAGAAGAUGGCUCUCUGUUUCAUCAUCGCAGUGUUAUGCGUCAUCGUUGGUUUUAUGACAGUGGGUUUUCAGAAAGUCCUGUGUCCUCAGUCUGCCCAGCAGGGCAGCUACUCAAGGGUGGGCUCCGUUCUCAGUACCCUAGGAGUCCAGGGUUGGCAGUUUAACGUGACGAAGUGGGGCGUCCUGGACGGUGUCAAUCUUACUGCUCUCAUCCAGACACCUGGUCAGGAUAUCACGACCCUCUUCCAGCGCGACGCUGCCAAUUACCCCGCUUGCAACGGUUUGACUUUCCGCGCUGCCGCAGAGAACCCUUGCAACACCGUCACAACUUGCCCCUUGGGCCCUCUCAACACAUCCUCCACGUUCUCCUCUCUCGGCUUUCUCAAGACAAGUUUCCGCGUAGGUUACGACUGGGAUCAAGUAGCUGCCCUGGAAAACUAUCUUGUCAUUGAUGGUGCGGUGCUGAAUAUGAACGCAUAUAUGAAUCUCCAUCCAACGGCCAUCCCUACCGAUGCGCUCGAUGCCGCCAUCCGCUACAUCUUACAGGCGCCCGGUAAUAGUGGCAGAGACGGAACACGGCUGUUCUACUACCGCCCCAACAUCCGUGCUGCGGUACCCUGCAUGAUGCAGCGAUAUUAUGCUGGGAACAUCGACAAAAUCACGCCAGGUUGCUUGAUGUCCCAGCUGGUCCUCUACGCCGGUCUCAUCGUCGUUCUUGGUCUGGUAUUGGUACGCUUUGUAAUGGCUUGUGUGUUCAACUGGUUCCUGUCCGAGAGGUUGGCUGGGCCGCCAGACACCAUGGCUCUCAACCGCCAAGCCAUCAGCCCCGCUGUCAUGCCAGAAGGCGCCAAUAUUUCUAUCGACAACAGAAACGGUACCGCCCCAUGGGCGGGGCCUGGUGGAGGAAAGAGACUCGCAAAGUCUGGCAACAAGUCCGCUCGUUCAUUAACUUCCUCGAACUCGACUCUCAUAAACGCGGAGGCCGGUACGCCCAUCGUGAGUCUUGCGCAGAUCGGUGCAGAACUCUUUGCUGUAUGCUUGGUGACGUGCUACUCGGAAGGCGAGGAUUCGCUCCGGACUACACUCGACUCAAUAUCCCAGACUACGUAUGCCGACGCCCGCAAGCUACUGUUCAUCGUAGCUGACGGAAUGAUUACGGGUGCGGGAGAGAAACGCAGCACGCCGGACACUUGCGUCAGCUUGUUGGAGGCGGACCCACGGUUCGGAAAUCCGGUUCCUAUGAGUUACACUUCAAUUGGUGCAGGGUCGAAGAGUGAAAACAGAGCCAUGGUGUAUGCAGGACAUUAUACCGUUGCUGGUCGUCGGACUCCCACUCUAGUGAUCGUGAAGUGUGGUACUGAGGCGGAAGCUGCAACGGACAAAAAGCCCGGGAACAGAGGAAAGCGUGACAGCCAACUAAUUCUCAUGAACUUUUUCUCCCGUGUCACGUAUAACGAUCGCAUGACACCGUUGGACUUCGACCUCUUUCGCAAGGUCCACGUUCUCAUGGGAGUGACGCCUGACUUCUUCGAAGUUUGUUUGAUGGUUGACGCCGACACGAAAGUCCUCCCGGAUUCCCUCAAGUAUUUGGUGAACUGCAUGCAUCAUGACCAAAUGAUCAUGGGUGUAUGUGGGGAGACACGGAUAGCGAACAAGCGACAGUCAUGGGUGACGGCUAUCCAAGUUUUCGAGUACUUCAUUUCGCAUCACCUCGCCAAGGCCUUCGAAUCCGUGUUCGGUGGUGUGUCAUGUUUGCCUGGCUGUUUCUCCAUGUUUCGACUUAAGGCACGGCGGGCAACUGGAGAUGAUUGGGUGCCCCUCAUCACAAAGCCGGAGAUCGUACAGCAGUAUAGCCAGAGCAUUGUGACGACUUUGCAUCAGAAGAACCUACUGCUUCUGGGAGAAGAUCGGUUCCUAACAACGAUUCUCCUCCGCACAUUCCCUAACCGCAAAAUGAUAUUCCUACCUCAGGCGCGGUGUAGAACGAUUGUCCCGGAUACGUUCAAGGUCUUGCUUUCACAGCGUCGUCGAUGGAUUAACUCCACUGUUCACAACCUAAUGGAACUCGUACUCGUCCGGAACACGUGCGGAACCUUCUGCUUCAGUAUGCAGUUCGCUGUGUUCAUGGAUCUCGUCGGCACCGUCGUUCUACCGAUUGCCAUCUUGCUUACGUACAUGCUCAUCAUCAGCAUGAUCCUCUCGCCACCCCAUACAUUUGAAGAAGCUAUACCCCUAACUCUGCUAUGUUCAGUUUUAGGCCUGCCAGCCGUGCUGAUUCUCAUCACCACAAGAAAAGUGGUGUACGUGGCCUGGAUGUUUAUUUACCUUGCCGCGCUGCCCGUCUGGAAUUUUAUUCUCCCUAUCUAUGCUUUCUGGCACUUCGAUGACUUUUCUUGGGGAGAAACCAGAAAAGUCGAAGGCGAGGCGAAGGGUGAAGGGCAUGGUGAUGGCUACGGUGUCGCCACUGGACCUGCUGUGCCGAUGCGAAGAUGGGAGGACUGGGAGCGCUCGCGGCUUCGGAAGCUACGCCGAGAAGAGAGGCGUCGGAGAGAGCUGGAGCGCAUGCACAGCAAUUACAUAACCGCCAACGGUGACCUUACCCCAGGCAGCGAAAUUCACAGCCAAUAUGACGGCUCCGACACCUAUUCCGUCACGUCGUCCGAUGAUGACCACUGGGGCGCGCAAAUCGGUGGCUACAACGAGGCGAAUGGACCACCACCACCGGUUGGCCUCGUGCCGUUUGGCUUUGAGAGCAAGGAGUCCGUAGCUGGGGCCGACCUGGAGGCCAUGCUUGAAGCCGGCUUUGACGAUGGCAGCUCGUCUACCUCAACACCGCCUCGGACACCGCGAGACGCGCCCCGUUAUCAGCUAUCAGAUCGACCACCACCGCUCAAUGGAAACGGGUAUACACCUCUCUCGAGAUCGACAUCUCCCGGCAUCCCACUACACGAACCGCUCUUGUCUCCGAUCUCUCCCAACAGACCUACGCAGGCCAUGAGCACCGCUGUCGUCGGCGACUACAAGACACACGCGAAGAAACGGAGCGGGGGCCGUCCAGGUCCCCACGAGUAUGGCCCAUUGGGUCCGUUGGAUCCCGGGUCGCGACUGUGA